UUCAUUCUCAUGGUCUGAGCGUCACCGAGUCAUCACUACAACGCCAUUGUCUACGUUCUAGCCGCGAUGGCUUCGGAGGUCCCACCCUUACGAAUCCAGAAGGGCAGCAAUGGAACAUCACCGUCCAAGCUGCCCCGAGUAACGAACCGCCCCCUGUCUGAGCUCAGUCCCAUGGCCUUGCGCCGAAAUUCUCCUAGCUUCCCGCAGCCAAAGGGUAAGUUGUUGAGCAACGAAAGUUCACCAGCCGGUUCCUCUCCAUUUUCCGGUGUGUCUCCACGACUGUUCUGGCAGGGACGUGAUCCCAAUUCGCCUGCCAGAGAGCAUCAAAGCACAAAGGAUACUCCGCCUCCUCGAAACUCUCCUACCAAGCGAUCAUCGAUUGAGAAUCUCAAAAAGGCUUCGAGGGUCAAGAACAGCAGCAUGUUUGCCAUCGAACAGAGCAGUCACUAUGACCCUUCGCGUCCUUCGGUACUGGACGGAAGGCCACACAGCAUGCAAUUCUCGAGGCAACAAUCACCAAAUCGGGGUUCAGACGUAACUCGAAAGGAGAAUGUCGCCCCUUCCUACACUUCGCCGGUACAGCCACAAGCGAAGAGGGGGUUCGAAGAGCAGGACCAUGCCGCAAACCUCAUUACUCCUUUGUCGCCUAGUAGGCUGAACAGCCCUCCUAUGAAAUCAUCCUUAUCGAAGAAAACCGGAGCAGCCUUCAGAAGAAGUGGCUUCGAUCCCGAGACGGGUAUUUGGGAGGAUGAUGAUGACAUUCAGAGUAGACAACUUCCCGCUGGUCGUGGGUUGCAUCGUCAUCAGAAGAGUGUUACCUUCGACCAGAAGCCACCUCAGAUUAAUGAGUACGAAAUGGCCACACCGGCACCUUCGUCAUGCGCAUCAGGGUCGCGUGAAGGCAGCUACCAGUCCAACGAAGACGAUGAGGACGAGGAUGCAAGCUUUGAAAGGGGCUCUUCAAUGGAUCAAGAUGACAGCUUUGACGCCUCGCUGGAGGACACUGACAAGACGCCGGUUGUUCUGCCGGAAGACUGGCGCUUCAUGAGCCCAGAAACAGCCAACAAAGAUCUGUCACGGGGAGAAGAAGAUGUUUUCGACGACGACUGCGGUAGUCCUGCACCAACUGCUCAGCCAGGCGCUUUGGCAUCUCGACCACAUCAAACGAGCGCGAGCUCAGUAGACUCAAACGGACAACAUCGUCCUCUGCCACCUCUACCACCUGGUGGCAAUCGACUGCCAAUGAAUGAAAACCUGUCUGGCACAAUGGAGCGCCUGAGUAUAUCCGGACGAUCUCUUCCCACCCCUCCCGCUUCUGCAGUCAUCUCCAAAGCCGAUAUUCAAAAGAUGGGAGUCUCCAGCUCCCUUACAGGUGAUGAUCGCUUGAGGCUGAUGGCACUUCAAGAACAAGACCGGGAACGCCGAAUGAGGAGAAUGGGUUCGAAAGAGACGAGUCCGGUUCGUGAUGCCAGUCUCGAAAAGUCCUACAUGCCUCGACUUCCUGAUUCCGAGAUGUCUGAAUCACGAAAUUCAACGCCACAACUUUCUCGAGCCGCGGUCCUGGAAGCAUUACGUGGUGAGCCAGGACAGGGCAGCCGAGAGAGCAGCGAGGAAUCCGAUGGUGUAGCGCAAGCGCGUGAUGUGUUAUAUGACCCAGAUGUUCCGAUUCCGUCGCUCGAAGACCCGACACUGCCAAAGAUAAAGCAGGAAGAGCUGGAAGAGGAAGAUCUCUACUCGAUUCCCGAUUUGUACAGUCGUCGAGUUUCAGAUUCAGAGACAAGCGCCAACCAAGACGACGACCUCACAAGCCAGUACUCACAGGCAUCUCAAGUCCCUGCAGCUCAGCCCUUCAUUUUUGACACCGAUGACGGCCAAGAUACUCCAAAAGCCCGGACUCCGACUAGAGAGCUUGGAUCGCAGGCCGAGAACCGCAUGUCACUCCCUGAGUUCACCGAUUUCGGUAACACAGGUGGCUUCGAUGUUGGAUUUGGAUCAUAUUUGUCCAAUAACGACGAGAAAGCAAAGGCCAACCAUGGUGCUACACAUUCGACUGCUCUUCCAGAUCUAGCAGCUCUACGCCAAAAUAUUCAACGUUCUUAUACCCCAGAGAUUCAGCACAGACAAUACCAAGCUCCUCUAUCUGCAGCUGUAGAGGAAGCUGUUCCCAGAAGUCCUGAUUCUGUUGUCAGACACUCCCCCAGGCAUUCUAACGUUCCAGUGAACGAUGGUUCUGAUAUUUCAGACACCAAGUCUGCAGCACAUGAUGAUAGCGACAGAUCAGUCUCCCCAUCAGACAGUGGUUCGGUGGUGGUUCACGACAAGGAGCCCUCUCCAGUCUCUCCUAUUUCGGCUGAGUUUGAAGAUAAGCCUGACAGCCUCAGCGCAGAGCCAGUGAACCCCACAAGGAUAGAAGAGCAACACAUUCAGACGAGCCACAAGAUUCCCGAGAGCAAUCGGGUUAGCAGCUUAGUACAGCUGGACAUCCCACAUGACUCCCUCGACGAAGGUCUUGGCCUAGGACUUGAGAAGGAGUUUGACCGCGUGGUGGAAGCCCAAAAGAGAGGUUACUUGAUGCGGCAGAACACCAAAAUUGUGUACGCCAGCGAACGCAUUUCACAGGAUGAAUCGAGAUCUCCCGAACUCCCUGGCUUUCAAGGCGAGCCCUUUGGAUCCCAGGUUCCAGAUGCAAAUCUGGUCCAACCCUCUCCCCGAAAGACAAGCCAGCCCACAUGGACUGCUGAGCCCUGGAAUGGUAAGAUGAGAAGAAAGAGCAUUCGGGUUGGAGGGGAAAAGGCUUUGAGCAAGAGGAAGCAAAUGGAUGGACCUGUUCCACCGUUGCCAGGUCAAAUGAGCAAUGCUCAGGAGACUCUCGAUGCUGUCGCAGAAGAUGAAAUUGCCGAGGAUGAGGAAUGGGAAGAUGGCGCCGAGCGUGGUCGCCUUUUCGUCAAGGUUGUUGGUGUGAAAGACUUGCAAAUGCCCUUCCCUCAGCACGAACGCACCUACUUUGCCUUGACACUAGAUAACGGACUCCAUUGUGUAACAACUGCAUGGCUAGAUUUUGCCCGAAGUGCACCAAUCGGUCAGGAAUUCGAGCUGGUCGUCCUCAACGAGCUCGAAUUCCAACUCACCCUUCAAAUGAAGCUUGAGGAGCCGAAGGUCGAAAGACCACAGUCACCUAGCAAACCACCAUCCUCGCCUAAGAAACAAGGUGCUUUUGGGCGACUGUUUGGCUCUCCUAAGAAGAAGAAAGAGUCGGAGUUGAGGGCGAUGCAAGAGGCCCAAGCCGUCAGAAGGCCUGUUACUCCUCCAUCUGCAUACGAAUUGGUUCAAGGGCUUGUCGCGAAGGAUGGAUCUUUCGCUCGUGCUUAUGUGUCCCUAGCUGAGCAUGAGAAGCACGCUUACGGCAGACCAUACACUGUGGACAUCACCUGCUUCAAUGAGUGGGCUCUUGAGGAGGUUCACGUUGGAAGCUCUCGAAGCAAGAAAGGGGUCACCCAACUUCAGCGUCGUCCGCCAUAUGAAAUCGGCAAGCUUGAAUUGCAACUGCUGUACGUGCCCAAACCGAGGGGAGCCAAGGAUGAAGAUAUGCCUAAGAGCAUGAAUGGAGCCGUGCGUGCAAUGCGGGAUGCUGAGGAGCGGAUGCAACAGCAAGCCAACAUCAAAGCAUUCGAAGGUUAUCUCAGCCAGCAAGGUGGAGAUUGUCCAUAUUGGCGACGACGAUUCUUUAAGCUUGCAGGAACAAAACUGACUGCUUUCCACGAGACGACUCUUCAACCACGAGCCACCAUCAACCUUGCCAAGGCCAGUCGCCUCAUUGAUGACAAGUCUUCUCUGACGCAGAAGGAAACGUCUACAAAAGGCGGCGGUCGACGUAAGAGUGGUUUUGCAGAGGAAGAGGAAGGCUACAUGUUUGUCGAAGAGGGAUUCCGUAUCCGCUUUGCGAAUGGAGAAGUUAUUGAUUUCUAUGCCGACUCGACUGCCGAGAAAGAAGAGUGGAUGGUUGCACUCGCACAAGUCGUUGGAAAGAAUGUACCAGGCUCAUCUGCUCAACUCAAGGGCUGGACUGAGCACGUUCUCAGACGGGAGAAGAAGUUGAAGGCUGAAGCAUCGACAGGAUUUCGACCUGGUCAUGCUCGAACCGAAACGUAUGGUGGUAGUCCGAUAAGCCAGACCUGCAGCCCAAGCAAGUCAAGGUCUGGUGCGCAGGGCCAUCGAAAGACCAAAAGUAUGCAUGCUUGAAGAUCUCUAGAGGUCGCCAAGGUGUUGUUAGGUAAAGCUUACGCUGGAGGUGUUUUGUGUUUGAUUCAAUGGCGUUGAUAUGUGCAUGGAAGUAUGAGUGUUGGCGGUGCUUUGGGAACUUCGAUGCCGUUCAAAGUCAGGGCUUUUAUGGAGAAAUGAUUUCAUGCAAGACACGAUCGAUGGGAAAGCCAGAGGUCGAUAGGGAAAGCUGUAUGAACCAGGGUUUUAACUGGCUUCAGCAUGAUUGUGAAUAAUAAAGAUACCAAAACGUGCU